UUUCCGAGGGGACUCGGGAGCGGGAGCAGCGCCGAGCCCGGGCAGCCCCGACCGCCAUGGCCCCGGCCCCGGCCCCCCCGCGCCGCCCCCGGCCCCGGCGCCGCUGCCGGCCCCGGAUGGCGCUGCCGGUGCCGCUGCCGGUGCCGCUGCCGCUGCUGCUGCCGCUGCUGCUCCCGCCGGUGGCCGCCUUCAACCUGGAGGCGUCGCGGCCCGUGGUCUUCCGCGGGGCCCCCGGCUCCUUCUUCGGCUUCGCGCUGGACUUUUACCUGCCCGAGCCCCGCAGUGUCAGCAUCCUGGUGGGGGCCCCCAAGGCCAACACGAGCCAGCCCAACGUCACCCAGGGGGGGGCCGUGUUCCACUGCCCGUGGCCCCCCGAGGGCGGCUGCGCCCCCAUCGACUUCGACCACAUCGGGACCCGCACCCACGACUUUGGGGGCAACAGCAGCGACGGCGCCGAGCCCGUGGAGUUCAAAUCCCUGCAGUGGUUCGGGGCCACCGUGAGGGCCCACAACGGCUCCAUCCUG